AUUCAGAGCUUGGUGCCAUGCGGGAACGCGGGCGGAAGAGUGGCUCCGCCGUGGGGCCCGGCUUGUACAGCGCGGCUGCCUCGGUUCUGGCCGGACUGGAGCGCCGGGAGGGUGCCCUCAAGACCCUGGUCUACGGGAGCCGAUUCCAGGCGAGUAGAAAUAAAUAUUUGCAUGUAUUUGCAUAAAUUGGAGUGACAAGCUUGGCGAAAGGAGGGGCCUCUACAGAACGGGGUCAGGCAGAUUUAUGACAGAGGCUGCUGCCGACUGCGAUGGUGCAAAUGGAAUCGCCACCUGCGGGUGCUGUCUAUCGUGGGAUGUCAAUAGCGAGUGGAUGACGUCAGAGAAGGGGGCGUCACCCUCAGGCCCUGCAUCAGAUUGGCCACUGUGGGGAAGCAGCCUGAUGAGGCAGGGGAAUGGACCAACUUUGCUCUGGUCCAACAGGUGUAUUUUAUAGGAGGAUAUAAAGCCACUUUGUUAUAUCAAGCCAGGCCAUUCCUGGAGUUAGAAGGGACCAUAAGAGUCCCACAACCCUGAGAUUAAGAAUCCUAUGCUCCACUAGCUCAGCUAUCCAGGUGUUCAUUGAUGCACCUAACACAGUAUUUUCUAGUCUACACUGGCAGCAGUGACUCUCCAGGGUUUUUCUGGCAGUCUUUUUAAAUGCUCAGGUGAGUUGAACAGAUAAAGAACAGCAAGCUUUAAAAAAAGGCAAAUGGCAUCUUAAAGCAAUAAAAUAAGAAAAAGCUGAGCUGCAGGGAUUUUAUAGUUUGAACUCAUAGCCAAGAGAGAUGAUAGGAAAAGAGAGGGAUCUCCUGAAGCUGACGCUGUGCUAAGCUGUUAAGGGGGGGGGCACCUGAGACCUUCCAGAUGUUGCUGGACUCCAAUUCCCAUCAGCCUGUGCAUCCAGUGGCAAGGGAUGAUAGGAGCUAUAGUCCAACAACAUACAGAAGGCCAUGGGUUCCCUGGGGUAAAGUGCGGAGCCCAGCUGUCCAUCAAAUUAUUAUUUCAGGUGUGUGCUGGGGGGGGUGUGUCUUUCCAGACUUAAAAAUAGAAUUCCCUGUUAGUGCUUGUUACCUAAAUCAAGUGCUCAAAGUGGUCAUAGCAGCAAGUAAAGCAGCCCCACUCCCAAGUUGGCAUUUUUCAAGUGUUUUGGACUGUGUUUUCCAUCAGUACUAGCCAGCAGGGACUAAGGAUGGCCAUGGGGCUGAUGGGAGGUGUAGUCCAAAGCACCUUGGAAGCAACAGCAUGGGGGAGGUUGGAGUAAAGUGCCCACUUAGCUGUAAAACAAGGAUAGUCUUUGCUCCAUUAGCGACAAUGAUCCCUGCCACUCUUCCAGAACCCCCGGCUGCUCUGCGCCCUCGUUUCGGAGACCCUUCGCUAUUCUCCUGUGCUGGACUCUAUACUGGAGGCUGCUGGCUUGCUCCGUGCUGAGAAGAAGCUGCAGCCGCACCUGGCAAAGGUGAGUAUGAGGGGCGGUUGCAGUCACAGCCCCUGGGCUCCCCGAUGCCCAGAACAAGUACCCCGUGCUGUCGCCCACUGGUGCCCCUCUCCUUCCUUUUCAGGUGUUGGUGUAUGACUUGCUCUUUGGCAAGGGCCUGCGUGGUGGCGGGCAUGGCAAGGUCCUGGUGCUGAAGCAUCGUGCCCGUCUGCAGGCCGAACUCGCCCGCUUGAAAGUCCAGAAGAAAGUGAGCCGCAAUGAAGAUCUGCUGCCACCGAUGGCGGCAGGAGGGGCUGGCCAAGGUAGGUGGCUGGACGUGAGGUGCCUUGCCAAUAUCUAGGCUACUGCACUGGAAGAACCUAUCUUAAUAUUUCAUGGUUGCCAAAAUGCAUAGUCUCCGGAAUCUCCCCAAACAUAAUGCUGUUCUUGGGAGGCAAUGCACAGGCUCUGACUUGGGCUGACUCCCAGGGAAAGGUGCUUUGAAGUGGGGCAGAGAGACAGGGAAGCAGGCAUUGGGAGUGAGCAGCUCUGCAGCCUGGAUAAGUGCAUAUCCUGGUGGUGCAAAAUUAGGCUCCUGGUCUAUCAAGUUUUAUUUACUUAGGAGAAUUUUUAGACUGCAGACUCACUGCUGUCUCUGCACCUCAAGACCAGCUACAGGGGUGGAAGGGAGUGGGAGUCUUCAUGGUUGAUGAUGAAGGAAGACCAGCAUCUCAGUUUGAGAACUCAGUAUCCCAAGUUCCUUCUUUGUUUCCAGCCCCUCGAGUGCCGCGAUACGUCCGAGUGAACACCUUAAAGACGUGUGUGAGUGACGUUGUUGACUACUUCAAGCGCCAGGGCUACUCUUACCUGGGUAAAGCAGCCAGGUGAGCUUGACAUUCCUACCCUUCUGCUCAGACCCUGCGUGAUCUUGGGAGAGGCUGGUACUUUCAAGGUGUCUGCCUGCUAGCCAGCAAUGGGCUCAAAACCGUGGCUAGAUUUGCUUGCUGUUCCUACUCAGAUCUCUUCCAGAUAGUUGAAAGCCCUCCAAUUGGAGGAGGGGGAAGAGCUUUUUCCCUUAGUGGGCAGAUUCUCUCUGGCAUGGAUUCCCUGCCUUGGGAGGGCACAGCUAGCUGGCUCUGGGCUGUGUGGGUGUUGGGGACCUGGAAUGAAACUUAAUUCCACAUCCCAUUGUAUUUCCCUUCAGCUUGGAGGAUGUGAGCUCCUUGUCAGGGAAGAAAUUCCUGCUGGAUCCCCACCUUCCAGAGCUGCUCAUCUUUGCUCCACAGACGGACCUCCAUGAGAACCAGCUGUAUGCAGCUGGACAUAUAAUUCUUCAGGACAAGGUAAGGGUGGCGUUCUAUCUGUGGCACAGGAAAGUGGGGGAGGGUCAUUUUUGCCCCAGCAGCCUCCUACCUGUUGCCCCUGGAAGUGCUGCGUUCCUGAAACAGACUUCUGCUUUCUUCUAACUGUGGCUUCAGGGUUCCUUCAGGAAUUGUGUUUCCAUGGACAUUGGACUCUGCCUUAUACCAAAUCAGAUCACAAAAAUGUUGGUUGCUAACUCUGUUUUCACCACAUUGGUGGGGCUUCUGAAAUCUGGUGAAUGCAAUGCAGCAAAUGCUCGUCUUUGAGACAGAUGUGCCCUUUAAAAGACAAGAAUGUAAAUGUACCCUUACUGGCUUUUGUCUACAAAGGAGACAACAGCUUUUGGGUGCUGUUCGGUCUGCCUGCUUGUCUCCCUAGGUGUGGGUGGGAAUAGGCUGCCAGGGUUAACAUGUGCUUGUGGGGUGCUGAGAACAGCCUGCUGAGGCCAGGGAGUGUUUGGAAGAGGCAGAUCUCAAGUUCCGCUUUGACUUGGCUCCUCUUGUAGGCCAGCUGCCUGCCUGCUUUCCUCUUGAACCCCCUGCCGGGGUCCCACAUCAUCGAUGCUUGUGCUGCCCCCGGCAACAAAACCAGUCAGCUUGCUGCUAUCCUGAAGAACAAGGGGUAAGUACAGGGAAGCCAAGUAGGUCCUCAAUGGUAAGAGCCAGCUGGGGCAAUUGGCACUUGGGGGGAGAGAUGCACCCUGUAGCCCAAGGCUACACUGCCCCAUCUCACUCUAGGCUUAGACUUUAGUGAGUUUCAAGAGAGGCAGUUCUUGAAUAGUUUUAUUGCUUUAUUGUUCGGCGUCCAGCACGCUUCCCCCUGCGAGCCUCUGCAGGUCAUAAAGCAAUUAGCAAUUAGCAAAGUUGCACAGCGGUUGUGUGUCGAAAGAGCAGUAAAUCAGUCCCAAACGUUUCUUCUGUCCUAAUAUCUCUUUAUUGGAACAAAAUAGCGUAUUUACAAUCUCCAACAGCCAUCCGAGCUAAGCUGCAUCUUCUCUCUCUGCUUGCGUCUGAACAGAAUGCUUUCGAUUCCCACUCAGCACACAGCAUUCCAAGCUGCUUUCCUCACGUCCUGGCUUACUUCCCUUGUAAGCCCCACCUCCAGGCUCGAGGCAUAGAAGGUUAACCCUUCACUACACCCAACAAGGUUUAGACUUUAGUGAGUUUCAAGAGAGGCAGUAAGUCCUGUGUGCCUGUCUCUCCUCUCCCCACCAACCUUCUAGCUCCCAGGGCCUGCCUUGCCCUUUAUGGCCAAUGGUGCCGUUUAGAGGACCUGGAGCAGGAGAGAGACUAGGCCCUGCUUCAUUCAGUUUGACAGGUGUGGGUCCUGCUGGCCCUAGUGAGAGUUAUGAUUGGCUAAGCUCAGUCAGUGGGAGAGGGAGACUGGGCUGGGGUUUUCAGGGUGGUGGUGAGGAGUGUCAAAUUCUCUGGAAGAGGACUCUGCCCUCCCUGACAUGCUUGCUGUGUUUCUUCCGGGUUUCUCUCUCUUUCUGACUUUCUGACUGUGAACACUCACGGCGCUUUUCAUACUCUCAAUGUACAGGCAGAUCUUUGCCUUUGACCUGGAUGCCAAGCGCCUGGCCACAAUGAGCACCAUGCUGGUGAGGGCGGGGGCCACCUGCUACCAGCUGGCACACCAAGACUUCUUAGCCACAGACCCUGCUGAUCCCAAGUACAGCUCUGUGAGAUACAUCCUCCUGGAUCCCUCGUGCAGCGGCUCAGGUGAGCAGGGGAAGGGUCUUGGAGAGCAGAUAUUCCCAUCCUGUGGAACUCCAGCUUUAGUCUUGCACAACUGCGAGCAAAUGUGCCCUGGGGUGUCAGGGUUUUGCGUGCUGAGAGAUCAGUGAGGCAGUAACUGCUCUGGGGUGGUCCUAAGUGCUUGGCUACUCAGUCUUGGUACCACAGAGGUGGCCUCUGAGCCCCAGGCAAUCAUCUGCUGCCCCUCUUAAGCCAGGAAGAGAAAUUGGUGGAUGUUGGCCAGGGAAUUAUGGUGCAUUUGCUUUUAUUUUUUUAUUUUUAGUCUAGCUAAGGAUACCUUUGGCCCUUCCUCUUCCCAAUGGGGUGAGUGAUGGUCUCUCCAGAGUUUGUGAAACCUGGUGGAGUUGACCAGGGUUCACUUUAUGAAUUUAUACCAAAGGCUUCCUAUGGAAACUUCCAUAAUACAGACUCUGGUGGGCCGAAUAAUCUCUGGACUCCUACGUUUUCUGCACUGUGAGCUCCAGCCCAACCCUAUAGCAAAGGCUGCCUAUUUUAGGGCAGGGCCUCCCCAUUAGGUGUGCUCAGGACUGGGGGCCACUUGCUACCAGGCAGAUCCCAGCCUGAAAGCUGAACUCCAGCUACCACCAACCUAACCUGCUGAGCCCCAACCCUGCAGCCUUGGUGCAGUUGUAGCCUAUAGCACCAGGUUAGGGAAGGCUGGGUCCGUCUCAUGUACCUUUGUUCCCAGGAAUGGUCAGCCGGGUGCCAGUUGAGGAAGAGAAUGCCAACCUCCCUGAGCGCCUGCAGGCGCUGUCCAGGUUCCAGCGGAAAAUGCUGGCUCAUGCACUGAAGUUCCCUGCUCUCCAGCGCCUGGUCUACUCUACCUGCUCAGUGCACCAGGAGGAGAAUGAGGAUGUGGUGCUGGAUGUGCUGAAGCAAUGGGAAAAGGAGUUCAGGUACUGGAGAGGAGGGGGUUGGGCAGAGGGUAAUGGUGGCCGCAGGGCUCAAAACACAGGCAGGCUUGACAGAGCUGGCUUGGGGGCCAAGGCGGUUCAGCCUUAUGCCACCUUCCUGGAGGGGUUUACCUAAUACAUUCGGACGUAGGAGUGAGGAUGCAAGGUCAAUAAAGGAGAGGCGGCCAGAAGGGCCAGUUAGUUAGUUAGUUAAUCAUUCAUACCCCAUUCACAGGUUAUAGCAUUAAAACACAAUAUAGGCAACUCCCAAUUUACGUGGGGGUUCGUUCCAGGGCACUGCACGUUUAAUUGAAAUUGUGUAUAUUUGAAACACCAUUGAGAAAGCCUGCAAUUGCCCCUUUUUGUGACAUUUUUGGGUCACUUCUGGUCGUGCACAUAUUGGAUAUACCUAAAACAUUUGCUGCCUAUAUUAAAAACAAAACUUACCAUCAAAAUAAGGUGUGUUCUUAAAACAAACACCUCGAGCGUCAAAACCCAGGAUAGAGUUUAGCCUCCUGCCUCAAGAACCUGUACUUCUUCCGUCCAGAAUCAUUUGGUGACUCCUGCUGCAUCACUGUCCUCUCCGGACGCAGCCAAGCCCGGUACAACCUCCUGUAUUUGUUACGAAGUUAAGGAUAGGUGCCUCCCCAAGACUGAAAGUGGGUGGGGUGUUACCUGCUGCUUCCAUUCCACUACCAGAGGGAGGCCACAAGGGAGCUUGCCACUCACAGGAGUCUUGCCUUUCCCCUUCUUGCAGGCUGGUGGAAGUCCUGCCUUCCUGGUCCCAGCGGGGCUUGGCCACUUGCGCCAAGGCAAAGUGCUUCCUGAGGGCUUCCCCAAAGGAAACACUGACAAACGGCUUCUUCGUGGCGGUCUUGGAGAGGCAGCCGGCGGGAGCCUCCGGGCCCAGGUGAGUGGGGCACUUGCUACCCUUUCUACUAUGCUGGAGAAAGGACUGGAGGGGCAUGAUCCAGGCACAACACUCAAGAGGGGACGCAGUGGGAUUUCUGGCUUCAAACCUCCAAAGCUACCUGGAGCUUCCCCACACCCUCCUGCAAACGCUGUGUGGGCUGAUCUUUUUUAUAUCACAUAGGAAAAUGAGGGUACCUUUGUUUAAAAACUGAAAUGACAAGUUAAAUGUAAUUAUAUAUGCAUUUGGUGCUGGGGCGCACAUUAUAUACUGCUUUUUGUAUAAUUGAGUGAAAACAGCAACAUAUUUUUUUUUUGUGGGGAAACAUAACACUAAUCCAAAGUUUUGAGGAUUCUAGUGUAGACACAGCCCUCCCUGUUCUCCUUUUAUACUAAAUCACAUGCUCCUAUUUAAGCAGCAUGCAAAAUAGGUCCGUGUAGCCUAACGGAAGGCGGCCAAGCAGGCCUUUGCAGGUUGCUUUGAUCAGCCAUGCUGAUUCUUCCAGUUGUGUGAAGCAGGGCAUACACAACCCUCCAGGCCUUUUUGAUCCUCCGAAGGUCACACUCCACUCAGUCCUUCUGCUUGGCUGGAACUUGGUGAUGCCUUUUGCUUACCCGGCUAGAGGUGGUGGGACUUGCAAGCCAGAGCCAUGGAGCUUCAGGAAGAGGGAAGGCUUAGAGGAGCUGGGGAUAGAGGGCUGCUUGUACCUUUGCUAACACCUGCCAUUUUUGUGCCCCUAGCUCCCCACAAGAGUUCUCCCAGACUGUCAGUGAAGUAGGUGCAGACCCGUGCCUUCCUCUUAAGAAAAAGAGGAGGAAGAAGAAACCAGAGACUUAAGAAGCCUUGUAGGAUUGACUUGUAAAGACAAUCACGAGACAACACAGACUCUGCUAUAGGAAGUCGGCACCAGAGAACUUUGCAGGCUCUGGAAUAAAAGUUUGCACAGAAGUGUUAUUCUCUCCUCUUCUCCAAUUUAUUCCAGAGUGUUGUGAAUCAUGGCAGGAUGUUGGUAGAUGAAGAUAGUGGACUGGCCAUUAUUGGGGUGGUGGGUGCUGUAACUUAAAAGGCACCCACCCCGCACUGUUUAAUUCUACUCUGGGAAGGAGCUGUCUUGAAACUACUGGUCUUUGCCACUUCUGUCUGCCCAGAACAUGCAGUCUGCAGGUACAGACCCAACGUCACUGAAGCUAAGCAAGGUCAGUGGCCUAUUACCUGCUUGGGUAUGACAUGUGUGUUGCCUUUGCUGGAGUAUAAAUAAGGAAAUAAUUUUGUGCUAUGCAGAUCCAUCUGAAGUGGGCAGGCCUCCUCCAUCAUUCAGGAAAACCCAGGGGUGAGUUGGCUGCUGCUGCCUUUGGGAAAUACCUCCCGCUAAAACAGAAAGACACUCUCCAUCUCAAGCAGUUUUGUUUUAUUUUAAAUCAACAUAAGCAAGGAAAAGAAAUUGCACAUUCACGCUAAAACCCUCAACAGGAAUGAUCCAAGUCUUCAUUGCGACAUUUUCUUUUUUUAAAAAAAGUCAAUCAUUCUCCCCAUCCUCACAGACGUCAUCCCACUCACACAGUUGACGCUGGCACUCUGCACACAAUCAAUGGAAAGGCUGCAGCCUGGGGUGGCGGGGAGGGUCCCAAGCUGUUUCCCUUAGCAAGCUCAGGAUGUGGUGGCUACCUGGCUGGGCAGAGACGUGACUGAGGUAAAGGGAGAGAGGCAGCCCGAGCUCAGGAAGCACUUGUUGUCUCCACUUUCACAGAAUUGGGUUUCUUUGGGGGGGGGGGGGAAGGGAUACAAAGGGGGUUCUUAAAGACAGCACCAUUCCCAUAGCAAGGCACUGCUCCGCUUAUUACCAGCAUGCCAAUGUCAGGCAGUGAUCUGUGGAAGCCUCGUUCUUUUAGAAACCUCCCCCCACCCCACAUCCAGGGGCUGGAUGGAAGCUUUUGGCUACUGCCUCUCCAAUAGCCCAGACAGAACGCUCACUCCCCAUGCCAGGCACCCUCUAAAUGUGCAAGAGCUCUCAAGCAUUACAGGACAGACAAAGCCACAUCCACAUUAUAAAACAAGAACAUGGAAUGGGAUGGGGCGGGGGGAGGCAGACGAGGGGCUCCCAGCCUGAGACUGUUGCAGCCCGGCCACCUCCCGCUCCUCAGAGCUCCCCGCCCCAGCUAAUUUCCUAAUGAACAGCUUUGCACUUUCACACACUUCUAUGAACCAAGCUUGAAGGAAUUCAAAGGCAAUUUAGCUUAAAUACAAAAAUAAAGUUUCAUUUUGUUAAAAAAUGUUUAAAUAUUUUUUUCUUAAA